AGAUUUUUUCGUUCAAAAUCGGGGAGCUAGCUAAGCUUUCUACUUGUCAUUCCCCUUAUCACUCAUAAUCUACAAUCUAUUUAUACAUUCAAAGAAAUUAAGAAGGCAAUAACUGAAGAAGAUGGAAGGAAGAAGCUUGGAGAAUACUCCGACUUGGGCUGUGGCCGUUGUUUGCUUCGUUUUGCUCUCGGUAUCUAUCAUCAUCGAAUACAUCCUCAAUAUAAUAGGAAAGUGGUUGAAGAAGAAGCACAAAAGAGCGCUGCAUGAGUCACUUGAAAAGAUCAAAUCAGAACUUAUGUUAUUGGGGUUCAUAUCGCUGCUUCUAACGGUAGGACAAAGUGUAAUAUCGAGGAUAUGUAUAUCGGAAAAGGUCGCCGGAACAUUCCACCCCUGCACUCACCAAAGCGACCACAAAACCGAUGCCCGGAUAUUACUAUCGGAGCUUUUCGGUUCCGAUCAUGACCAAAAUCCACGCCGUAUUUUGGCAGCCGGAGGAAGUGACAAGUGCGCGGCACAGGGUAAAGUCCCGUUUGUCUCAUCAGAGGGCAUUCAUCAACUUCAUAUAUUUAUCUUCGUGCUGGCUGUUUUUCACGUUCUUUACUGCAUUCUCACUCUGGCUCUUGGCAGAGCAAAGAUGAGAAGAUGGAAACGAUGGGAAGAAGAAACAAAAACAGCACAGUAUCAAUUUUCACACGAUCCAGAACGGUUUAGAUUUGCAAGAGAAACAUCGUUUGGAAGAAGACACUUGAGUUUCUGGACUCAACAUACUGUCCUUGUUUGGAUUAUUUGUUUCUUCAGGCAGUUCGUACGCUCAGUUCCUAAAGUUGAUUACUUGACCUUGAGGCAUGGAUUUAUGAUGGCACAUUUGGGGCCUCAAAGUCGCCAUAAAUUUGACUUUCGGCAAUAUAUUAAAAGAAGUUUGGAAGAAGACUUCAAAGUGGUCGUUGAAAUCAGUCCUCCAAUCUGGUUCAUCACUGUGCUUUUUCUCCUGUUUCACACCCAUGGCUGGUACUCUUAUCUGUGGCUGCCAUUUGCUCCUUUGAUCAUUGUUCUAUUGGUGGGAACUAAGCUGCAAGUGAUAAUAACGAAGAUGGGUCAAAGAAUUCAAGAACGUGGAGAGGUUGUAAAGGGUGUGCCACUGGUUCAACCUGGAGAUGAUCUCUUCUGGUUCAACAAACCUCGACUCAUUCUCUACCUCGUCAAUUUCGUGCUCUUUCAGAACUCUUUCCAACUCGCCUACUUUUCAUGGACUGCGCUUCAGUUUGGGAUGAAAUCUUGUUUCCAUUCGCAGACGGAGGAUGUGGUGAUCAAAAUCUCAAUGGGUGUUGCCUUCAUCUUCAGCUAUCGUGACUUCAGCUUCACAUCUUUCGAUAAAAGAAUAGAGCUUAAUUGGAAGAUAAUAUCGAUUUCAGUGAGAUCAGCGUUAUGGUUUGCUUCGUUUCAAUUAUACAUCUAG